CGGCGCAGUCCAGAUUCGUACACGAUAGCGUCAUAGUUUAUAUUUUUGGCGCGGCUCAUUUUUAGGUUAUACAUCAUAAUGGCGCUUAAACCCAAGUUUACCUACUUUAAUUGUAUCGGUCUCGGCGAGCCCAUACGAUUCCUGUUUGCUUACUUGGACCGAGACUAUGAUGACAACAGGUUUGAGGACGAUGUUUGGGAUAAACUGAAACCGACAACCCCCUGGGGCAAGGUGCCAGUGCUGGAGGUGGAGGGACAGAAACCGGUGGUGCAGUCCAUCGCUAUCGCCAGGUAUCUGGCCAAAGAGGCUGGGCUCACUGGCAAUGAUCCCUGGGAGGACCUCAGGAUCGACGAGAUCGUCUACGUCAUCAACGACUUAAGGGCUGAACUCGCCAAAUACCAAUAUGAAGAGAAUAAGACUAAAAAACAGGAGUUGGAAGGGCCUCUGUUUGACACCACAGUACCCUUCUAUAUGUCCCGGAUUGAGGCUCACGCGAAGUCUAACGAUGGUUUCCUCGCCAACGGGAAGCUAUCCUGGGCUGAUAUUUACUUUGCCGCCAUCAGCGACUACCUGAGCCACAUGAACCGGCAGAAGGAUAUCCUGGAAGGAUGCCCAACCUUGAAAGCUCUGAAGGAAAAGGUCUUCUCUCUACCCAAGAUCAAAGCUUAUGUCGCGAAGAGACCUAUUACAGACGAACUUAAGCACUGAAUAUUUGUAGUGGUUGACUGAAAUAUGUAAUUUAAUCAUAUGUAACAUUAAACCUAUAUAAUUAUAAUAAAUCCCUUUCUUUCAGUU